AUGUCAAACCUAAGCAUAGCCUUAUUGGCUGUUCUACUGCUCAGCGUCAACUGUGUCAGCAAGUGCUCAAAUGAGACUGAAAAACUUGAAGCAGUGCCCUUGACAGGACAUCAGUUUGUUAACAGGAAUGGCAACACCACCAUUUUGCAUGAAGUGCAGAAAACGGAAACAGAGUUACCACUAUUAUUAAACACACACGAGGUCCUGCCGCUUAAGCCGCUGAAAAAGAAGCCUUACUUGCCCCUUGAGAAGAUCAUACCGACCAUUGAGUAUGUAAAGCCACCGCAACCACUCAAGGAGUUUGAAUUGCAUCCAGUUACCUUUGACUUUAAUUUGGGUGAUUUAGAGGAUCUGGAACACGAGGUUAUUAAGAAGGGUGAUCUCAACAGCCAAGAGCAGCAUGUCCUGGCCUUAGACACUAGCUACAAUCCCUCCAAUCCCGAUGAGAACGAUACUGUGGAUGUAGACAUCGCCGAGUUAUCCACAGAGCCCACCACAGCCACUUUGCCGGGAACGACGACGACUUUCUCGUCGAUGACCAGCAGCACAUCCAAUACUCACAUUCUAAAGAUCCUGGGUAGUAAGCCGCCAAUGGCACCAAAACUAAGUCGCGAUCUGCUUAAGCAAAGUGGAGACGAUGAAAUGCAACUAAAAACCUUGGGCAGAACUAUUAAUAGCAUCCAUCGUUAUCUGGGGACAAACGCGAAUGGAACAGGAAACGGCAGCGCAGUUGAGAGUCUUUAUGGCCAGGCCAACUAUUUCCAACUGGUGGCAAAUCUCUAUGACCACUUCUACUGGCAAAUUUCUGAAAUCCGAACAAAUGUUCGCACAGGCUGCGGGCUCGAGAUGCAAGCCUAUUUGACGGCACUUCAUUCUAGCUAUGAGUGGGCCCAAAAGGCUUAUGAUUCAUCUGGGCGCUACCGUGGCCAGCUGCUCUUUGGAAACGAUAAGUGGCUAGGUCAGCUUUCAUUCUGCUAUGAGCUCAAUCGCAAAAGUUUAACUGAGGAGCGCCAGCACUUUGAUCUGGAGUUCUAUGUGGCGGAUGUUGCACUUCAUUUGCCCAGGAUGAAUCGAUCGAUACUUUUGAGUCUGGGAGAGUGUUUGCCCAAAUCCUGUUCUGACAUUGAUGUCAAAUCCAUCUUGUCCCUUGAUCCAUAUGCUCGAAUGCUGACCGUAUUGGGAGCACACAAUACCUCGAUACAACAACUUCCGCUUCAGAUCCUGCAUGUUCGCACUGUGCCCGGACUUUAUACGCACUGGCGUCAGUUAAAGUUUCAGGUGUUCAUCAGCUUUAUGCUCACUCUUUUUCUGGUGAUUUUGGUUGCUUCCUAUUAUCAGCUCAAAAUCGACGAACGUCGCUUAGUGGUGGCUCCUAUUGCAGCCAUUAGUGGCAAAUGCGAUAGAACCUCUGCCAAAAACCAUGGAUUUUAUGGCAAGUCCUUCGAGCUAUUUCAAAUGCGGCCCUUGGGCUGUACAAGUGCGUCCACGGAUGUUCCCGAAGUAGAUGUCAAUGGAAACAGACAAAGAUGUGAGGCCUCAUCUGACAUGGAAAAUGGUGUUCAACGAGAAUUCGGUGACCCCAACACUUCCACGUCAGUUGGUGGAAAGUCAGAGAUGGCCGAUUAUCAAGUGGAAACUGGAAGCUGUGCUGGAGGCACUGGAACUUAUGAGGCGAAGCAAUCUGUCGCUUUGCACCACCAAAUACUAUUGUGCUUCGCCUUGCAAACCAAUGCCAAGGCGAUUCUAAACAUCAGCAAAACCAAGGAGACCCACACUGCAUGCCUGCAUGGAUUAAGAGUAUUCUCUGUUCUUUGGACCAUGAUGGUGCACACCUAUCUCCAAAUGUUUGCAAUUGGUGAAAAUAAAUUUGAAAGGAUCAUCACAGAGCGCUCUUUUUGGUAUCAGGUGAUUGGCAAUGCCACCUUCUCAGUAGACUCAUUCUUCUUUAUCAGCGGCCUGCUGGUCACUUUGCUCUACCUCAAGCAGGAUCGUAAACAUCCGACUGAAACGCGCCUGUUUAUUAAAAGCAGCUUUUCGGAAACGCUUAUGAUGCUGCUUUAUCGCUACCUACGACUUACACCAGUGUAUCUCUUUGUAGUCAUCUUUAAUGACUUUGCCGUACGACAGGGGCUAGACACUUCGGUAUUUCAACCUGCCAAAAUCGAACACAACACUUGUCGCAUCUAUUGGUGGCGCAAUAUUUUGUAUAUAAACAACUAUUUUCCGCAAACAGAAAUGUGCAUGAUGUGGAGCUGGUAUAUGGCCAACGAAAUGCAGUUUUAUGUGAUGGCUGCUCUGCUUUUGGCUUUGGCCAGAAAGUACUUCAAAGCUGUGGCUAUUACGCUUUUCGUUUUUCUACUUAGCUCGUGGAGCAUUUCUGGUAUAAUAUCCUUGACACAUCAGUACACCCACAAAGUUUCCCUGCCCUUCGAGUCUUUUGACUUCCUGUAUGACAAGCCAUGGCAACGAGUGGGUUCUUAUAUAGUAGGAAUGUGCGCCGGAUACGUUUUGUACAAGGUGAAGACUCCGCCACUGAUUUCUAGGCGCUUAAACCUAAGCCUUUGGGCUUGCAGCCUGUUUGUGCUUGUGAUCGUGGUCUUUGGGGUUUGGGAAGGACAAUUAGGCACCGUCAGCAGCGCCUUUUACGUGGGCGUAGCCCACACUGCCUUUGGAUGCGGGCUAGUGUGGAUCGUCUUAUCCUGCUGUUGGGGGCUUGCGCCGACCGUAAAUGCAAUCCUCUCGUAUCGCGUUAUGUGGCCACUUUCGCGACUCACAUACUGCGCUUAUCUGAUCCAUCCCAUCAUAAUGUUCAUCUGCUCCUCGCACAUGAGCGGAACUGUCCACCUAAGCAAUCCUCUCAUACUGACCUUGUUUUUAGGCAACGCCGUCGUGUCCUUCGGCUCCGCCUUUGUCAUAUCCGCAUUUUUCGAAGCACCCGUCAUCCGGAUACUUAAAAUCUGUUUUAAAAAGUGAUCGAAUCUUUUGGCAACCAAUUUGAUUAAUUGUUAGUUACGCGCCCACAUACAUACAUAUGUAUCUUCGAAGUGUAGUUGGUUUUUCUUCCCUUUUUUUCGAGUCUGCAUCGAAGUAAUGCACAAUCAGAUGAAAGUUGAUGCCUAUAUAUCUAUAAGCUUAAAUAUGUUAUAUAUUCUUAUAAAUGA